ACAAAAGACGAAAACGAUGACUUCGUUUCCUUCUCCUCUUGAACGUACUGUUGCUUCUGCUCUUCUCCUUCUCUCCAACACCAACCCGCUUUCUCCUUCUCCAGAGCUUGGAUUUGAUGGCGGCUCUGCGACGGUGAUGACAGAGAGAAGCAUAAGCGAGAGCAGCAGCGAGGAGAAUUUGAGCUCAAAAUCACACUCUUCAUCUCUUACCAGUGACAAUGAUUCGUCUAAGGAAAUUCGAGCGGCCCAUAACCUCAGGAUCGUCGCUGUUGUGGCUCGAUGUCAUGAGAAGAAGUUCAAGGUGGUGAGAAAGAGGCGCACCAAGGUCAGCUGGAUCUCCGACCACCAGGAAGUCGUCCUUGCUCUGCCUGCGAGGGCUUCUUCAAAAUCAGAGUCAACUGAGGUCUCCUCCUUAUCAAGCACGUCCAGUGCGGAUUCUAGCGCGCGAAGCCGCUACACGAUCAGAGGCAUGGAAAGGAACCAACUGGAAGUUUGCGAGAAGCCAAAGAAGUGUAAAGUGGACUCUGGUUAUGGCUCGGGCUCGAAUUACAUAAGGCGACGAGCCGAAGCAAUUUUGGAAUUCCUGUCUUGCGGUAGUUCCUCUGAAGUAAGAAUACGCCAAGUGCUCGGUGACAGUCCGGACACUAGCAAAGCUCUCAGAAUGCUGUUAAAGCUGGAAGAGAUCAAAAGAUCAGGGACAGGAGGACGACUGGAUCCCUAUCUUUACAAGGUAUUAAAUUGAUGCUUCUUAUAAUCUUCUAAUUUUCUUAACAACAAAUUCACUAUGAAACUAUCACCAUAAUAUCAUAGAUAGCUAUUAUACGGGUAAUUGCAGUUGAAAUGAUUUUCCUUUUGCAGAUAGCGUGAGAAAUUAGGGAGCCUGACCCAGAAACAUUAGGGCAUGUUUUUUUAGCUUCUAAUCAUCCCACUUGUUGGGAAAUUUUGGUCUUCGGAUAUGCAGAUGUGAUUAUAUAGCAAUAUUGACAGGUAUUAUAAUAUAGAAAUUACUUGGGAGGCAUAGUAUAGAGAAGGCACACGGUCCUUACUGUCCCUAGAAACUCUGUGGUAUAGUAACAUACUCAUAGAUAGGCAUGGUAUAUUGGCAAUGCCUUGUGUCUGAAGUUUAAAUGAAAGUUUGCUAAUAAUAUAAUCCUUUUGCAAGUAA